AUGCUUCCUCGAUUGAAGAACCGAUACACCAAGAAGUUCAGCGAAGUAGAGGAAGAAAAACGGAGCAAUGCUCUUCCCCCAUUAACCCCUGCGCAGUCACCUCCGGACUCGAAUAUUAACCCCCAUUCGAGGUCUAAUCCCAACCUGCCUUCAAGACCUGUAGUGACUGGUCCCCAGCCGCUUCGCGCCCUUGAUCGCCGCCCAUCCGCCAGUGCUCCUCGAAAUCGCUCACCCUCUUCCUCUGGUGCUCUCUCAGACCUGGCACAUCAUGGGAAGAAGCACAUAAAUCAACUCAUAGGAGGAUUCCUCGAGAAAGGUGGAGUCAAGGAGACGCUCUCCGGCGUGCGGGAACACCAGGCCCUUCGAACGGUGAGAGCAAAGCGGGAAGCCGAUGAAGCAGAUAAAGAAUAUCGGAAAGGUGUACAUUGGCUCGAGACACUGCGGUUAAGGAGGACAAAGAUAUUGGAGAGUGGCUACAAGGUUAGUUCGGAUGCUUGCCACUUUAUCAUAUCCGCUAGAACACCUCCCCAGAGUUUGGAAAUGUUUGUUGAAGAGUCUGCGACGGCAGUUAAGAAAGUGCUGGAACGCUAUACCGACCAUCUGACAGCCACAUACUCCACUCAAUCCCAUCUAUGCGCCCACGCACGGACUUAUGUCGAUCGGAUUUCUCCAGAAAGAGAUUUGGUCAAGCUGAAAGCCAACAUUCCUCGUUCUUUGGCGUCCGCCAUUCCCGAACCCAUUCUUUACGAACACGGACAGGUUGGCGAAUGCAAUGACUUGAUCUUUGGCUUCAGUCUGGUGGAUUAUGCCACGGCAAAGGGCCUAGGAGAAAGAGAAAUACCAAAGAUUGUUAGGUUGUGCAUCGAAGAAAUAGAUAGGCGAGGGUUGGAUUCCGAGGGUAUUUAUAGGGUAUCGGGCCGUCAUGCAGUAGUGCAGGCACUUCAGCACGACAUCGAAAAGGACGAAUCGGAAUUUCAAUUUACCCCCAAAGACGAUAUAUACGCUGUAGCGUCAUUGUUGAAGCUAUAUCUCCGCGAGCUUCCAGAGCCUCUUUUCAAGUUUUCAUGGCAGGAUCGCGUUCAACACACCUUGGACAGAGCUGAGCAUGUGGCCAAUAACUUUAUGCUUCUUCGCUCGAAAAUUCGUCGACUCCCUUCGGUCCACCAGGCAACGUUGAGGGCGCUCAUCGAACACCUGAGUAGGGUAGUGGCACGCAGCGAGAAGAAUAAGAUGGAUCCUAAAAACGUGGCCAUCGUGUUUGGAGGGGUUAUAUUUGGCGAUGGCGACGAGAUGCCUAAAGGAGGGGACCUUCUAAGCAUGCAAUCCGUCAAGGAUACUGUGAUGGAGGACCUCAUCAUCCACGUCAAUAAGAUAUUCGGAGACAACGAGCAGAGUGGUGGCCCUUAUUCCCCUCCUCUCCCCCCUACACCGGCGACGGAAGCGCCUAUACCCCAAUAUUACGGAUCCAAGAGCACCAAGGUCGCCAGUGUACCUCCAGGCAAUAAUCACCCUGGCUCUCCUCAAGAUUUCACCCCUCGUCUUCCUCCAAGGCCGACGAACAGCAUCCAUCCAUCCGCCCGCAAUGCUGGUUCACCGAUAAAACCCCGAGCAGACCCACUGCCCAUUCCGAUCCAAAGAGACAUGUCUAUCGACGAAUUCUCAAUCCCCCCAUCCCCUUCAGAUAUUUCGACAUCGCUGGACACCGAUGAGGACAUUGCCCUACACACGCGGGAGACCACCUCCAGCAGUACAGGAACAGAGAGCGGCGAGAAGAAGAGAAGCACUCCACCGUCUCCUCAGAAAUACCCUUUCCCGUCUACCCAAACCCCCGGUUCUACACCGUCGAAGAAUCGUACGGAGCUUCCGGGAAACACAUCUCCAAAGGACACAGACCCAUUCCGGUAG